CGGUGAAAACGCCUACAGGGGACAGGCAACAAUAGCGGACGUUGAGGCUGUGGUGGGUUUUUUGCUUUUGUUGGCGUUUUCGAUCGCAAAAAGGUGGAAAGAAAGUAUUGAGAGGAGUGAGAGGAGGCUUCGAGCGGCGAGGAUUAACACCAUCCAAAAGCAGCGAAGAGUCCGGGAGGCCCUGCAGCGGUAUCAAGCCGAAGACGACGCUUUCAGAGCAGUGAGGAGAAGACGGCUCCGGGAGGCUCUCUUAUCGGGAUCGACUCGCCGCAGGCCGGUCGUCUGGACCCACACCCGAGCAGCGCAAUGGUGGGAUGACAUUGUACCCAGCUUCUCCACCGAGCGCUGGAUUCAGAACUUCCGCCUGUCAGAGGACACAUUCAACUACCUCUGCCAUCAGAUGCGCCCAUUUAUGGAGCAACGGGACACAGCUUUUCGUUCCUGUGUGCCCCUGCGGAAGAGAGUGGCAAUAGCACUCUGGAAGCUUGCUACUGGUUCCGAGUACAGGGGGAUUGCGCAUCUGUUUGAUGUGAGCAGAAGUGUGGCGUGCCGAUGUGUCCAGGAGUUCUGUGGGGCUGCACAAAGAGCGCUGGUGCCGGAACUUGUGGGUGUUCCGGAUGAGAACAAGUUCCGGGAAUUGGCUGCAUACUUUGAGAGCAGGUGGGGGCUCCCACACUGUGUUGGUGCCAUCGACGGCUCCCACAUACCUAUCAUUGCUCCCACAGAUUUCCACUCUGACUAUUUCAACCGUAAAGGCUGGCAUUCCAUCAUUCUCCAAGCGGUUGUGGAUGGAGAGGGAUGUUUCUGGAAUGCCUUUGCCGGACAACCUGAGAGUAUGCAUGACGCCAGGGUUCUGAGACUGUCGCGUCUGUGGGAGCGGGCCAGCCAGGGAACCCUUUUCCCUAACCACACCAGAGACAUUGGGGGGAUAAGAGCGGGGCACUACAUGCUGGGAGACUCGGCCUAUCCCCUGCAGAAAUGGCUCCUGAAGCCAUAUCAUGACACAGGCCGACUGACAGCAGAGCAGCACUUCUUCAACAAGAAGUUCAGUCGUGCAAGGGUGGUGGUGGAAAACGCCUUUGGGAGGCUGAAGGGCAGAUGGCGAUGCCUGCUGAAGAGGAAUGACUGCAACAUCCACCUUGUGAAAGAAAUGGUGCUGACAUGCUGUGCUCUCCACAACCUCUGUGAGAGACAUGGGGCUGCGUAUGAGAUGGCAUGGGACGUACCUGUUGCAGCAGCGCCUCAGCCCACAGGUGGAGUGUGGCCUGAUGCUGAAGAAGACGGACGUGAGGUCCGAGAUGGCCUCAUGCGCCAUCUGAUGGCUAACUACUUGUAACUACACACGAUACCGUGUUUGAGACUUAAUGGUGGCUGAUGUUUAAAAUGCAUACAAUCUUUUCCAUUGUACAUAGUCAC